UUUCACAGCUCACCAUCAUCUCCACCUCUCAGGCUGCUUUCCCUUUAACGCAUGACGCAGCUCAGACUGCCCCACUUUGUGUGAGCAGCAGUCUGCGGGAGCCUGCGGGAUCUGUUGUUGCAUACGGCUCGGCCCGGGGACGUCGGUUCUUCUCGGGACCCUCACCUGCCCCCUCAGCUGGCCUCAGGAUGGAGUUCUUACUGGGGAACCCGUUCAGCUCGCCGGUGGGACAGCGGAUCGAGAAAGCAACCGGUUCCAGCCUGCCGUCAGAAGACUGGGCCCUCAACAUGGAAAUCUGUGACUUGAUCAACAGCUCAGAGGAAGGGCCCAGAGAAGCCGUCAGAGCCCUAAAGAAAAGGAUCGUGGGAAACAAGAACUUCAAGGAGGUCAUGUUGGCGCUCACGGUUCUGGAAACCUGCGUGAAGAACUGCGGCUACAGGUUUCACAUCCUGGUUACGACACGAGAUUUUGUGGAAGGAGUCCUGGUCCGGUCCAUCAUCCCGAGAAACAACCCUCCGUUAAUCCUGCACGACAGAGUGCUCAGCAUCAUCCAGGCGUGGGCCGAUGCAUUCCGUAGCUCGCCUGACCUGACAGGCGUGGUGUCCGUGUACGAAGACCUCAGAAGGAAAGGGUUAGAGUUCCCCAUGACAGAACUGGACGGUUACUCACCGGUCCAAGGCCCCAAAAAGACUCUGCCUGCCAACGGGCCUGCUGUCACUACUCUUCCUGCUGUGGUCCUAUCCUCCAAAACUCCAAUCAUCCCACCACACACUUCAGAGCUAAAACUGGCCCUAGAAGGAUCCAGUGCAUUCACUCCCAGCCAGGUCCAAAAGCUUAAAACAGAGCUGGGAGUGGUUCGAGGGAACCUGACGAUGAUGUCAGACAUGAUGAGUCAGCUGGAUCCCGUCACGGUACAACAGGCAGACAUGGAGCUGCUGGAGUUAUACACAGUUUGUAAAGAUAUGCAGGAGAGGAUAGUGAAGAUCGUCCCCAGGCUCAGCGAGGAGAAGCUGAUCGAAGAGCUGCUGGCGACCAACGAUGAGAUGAACACCACCUUCACCCGAUACCACAGGUUCGAGAAGAUAAUGACGAAUGGUCCAAGCACAACACCGAAGAGCAACACCUACGUCAACCUGUCAGACCUGGACUUUACUGCAGAGUCUGGGAUUGCGUCCAUGUCCAGAGAAAGCUCGCUCAGCCACUCAAAAUCAGACAGUUUGUCAAGUCAGAUGGCGAGACUCAGUACGAGUGAAUCAGAGGACGCAUUAUCACAGAAAAUAAACAUCCCAUCUCAACAAAGACAAAGCGAGCAGAGCGAGGCGGUCGUGGACGGGAUGGCUCUGGCUCAGGCUCAGAACAACAGGCUACACAACCCUGGAAAGGACGGCAGCCCCGCCUCCACCUGCAGCUCCUCUCCAAAGUUAGAUUGGAUGAUUAAAAGGGGAAUGAUUCCCAUCAACCAAUCCAACGUGAUGGACGAUAUCGAGAAGUGGCUGUCGCUGGAUGACGAGUACGAUGACUUUGAGGACUCAGACGGUGUGACCAGUGAAGAGUUCGACAAAUUCUUGGCAGGGAGAGCAAAAGCAGCCGAGCACCUCCCGUCCCUGAGCGCCGCCUCGCAGGACAACAACCACUCCGAGUCCUAAGCUCCACUUCCACCCUGCCAUACUAACAACACUCAUGAAGCGUCGGCUGAGAAGUGGAGGAUCUUUUAAACUAACGGUUCAAUGGCACAUUUGACGUGGGAGGGAACGCCCAGGUCUGAGGGAGGAUGUGUUAGCUGAGUAUUCUGCUCUGUACCGGGGGGUGAAGUGGUUUUUUUAAUGGUUAAAGUAACGUUAUGUGAGCGAGCAGAGAUUUAGUUUUUAGCUUACUUUGUUUGGAGGGUUUGUCCAUGUGUUGAAUGCAAACAUUUGCACAUUUUCUAAGGUUACAUUCCUGCUGUUGUAAGAGAGGAUAUUGUUACAUCUUUUGCUAAAUAGAUUAUGUAUCAUAUUGCUGUAAUAUAUGUUAUUGUUGAAUAUGUGAAUGGAAGCCCCCUGUGGAAGUAGCACACACUGUAACCUUUACACCCAGCUUCUCUUGGGAAGACGUCGUACUUGAAGUUUCUGGAGAGAUGAAACUACGAUCUGGAAGUCCGGCUGUUAUUCUAAUCUCAAGCUGUGCAUUAAGAGUUCUUAAUGUGUAAUCCAAUAAAUGGCUUUGCAGGUAUGAAGCACUGCAAUUAUUUUAAA